AUGAUCAUAGUCGAUACAGGCUUGACUUAUGCAGUGCCAACGAUUUUAAUUGCGGCAAUGACAGGUAUUUCAAAUGAACAUAAUCGCAAUGAAUAUAUUUCGAUUACACCCGUGCAAGCAUCUUGGUUGGGAUCGAUAAGCAGUUUAGUUCAACCAUUUGGCAGUCUUUUAUCGGCCUUCAUCACAGAUUCACUUGGCCGUAAGCUAUCGAUGAUACUCGUCAACAUACCGUAUGCUUUGGGCUGGUUCAUGAUUCAUCAAGGAGAUGCUAUUUGGAAAAUAUUAACUGGUUGUGCUUCCUUUGGACUAGGCAUAGGCUUGAUGGAAGCUCCUAUUAUUACUUACCUUGGUGAAAUAUGCGAGCCUUCAACACGUGGCGUUUUGGUUUCUCUGUCAUUCAUUAGCGUUACGAUUGGAACUUUUUUGGGUUUUUUCUUAAACACUAUGAUGUCAUGGCGAACCUUAGCUCUGGUUUGUUUGUCCUGCCCGAUAAUUACCGCCAUUGCCAUUUGUUUU